UGUUGGCGGAAAUGUAGUUUCUAGGUCAUCAGCUUUUGGACGAACCCCAGCUUGGAUUCUAAUUUUAAACAACAUUUCUAGUUAAAUGCCAGGACAUGGGUGAAACAAAAGAUCAGUCAUAUUUUUUAAAAGAUCUGAAACCCAACAUGAAACGUGUAUCAUGUGUCUUUAUAGUUCUUGAGCUGGGUUUGUCAUCUGUCUACGUUAAGAUUUAUUCCACAUGUCGCAAGGUCCUAUCACGCGUACGAAAGAUGGGAAUGAAGUCCGUACUGCGAAGGUCGCUGAUCGCACAGGGACGAUCAAUAUAUCUGUUUGGAAUGAGAACAGUUCAUUAAUUGCACCAUGCGAUGUCUUACAGCUAGUUCAAGGUAACACUACUGUAAGGGGUGGUUGCUUAAAUUUGAAUGUCGGUCGUUAUGGUCAACUUAUGAAAAUUGGAGAAUUUUGUUUUCCCUUUGUUGAAUCACCUGACUUUAGCGCUUAUAAUGAUGAAUGGUUGGGAAAAUCCGGCGAUUCUAGUUCAACAAGCAAAUGUGAACCAACAAACAAACAAUGAGAUAACUCCAAAUAUAAAUAUGUUUUUUA